UGACGUACUGCCACACUUUCAGCCAAUCAGCGCACAGGCGGAAACUGGUCGUUCUUUCUGCUUCUAAAGUUCUAAAACUCGGAAGUUGCUCACCGCUGCUAGAAUUUACGGUUGCAUCUGGAAACUUGCUAUCCGUUGACAUUUGUAAAUGGAAAGUGUUUCUACAAAAGAGAAAGAUAACAUGACAUCCCACAAACGAAAAAGGGAAGAAACUACAAGCAGUAAGAUUCGUAAAACUGAGGAGAACAGCUCUGAGUCUUGCCUCAGUCAGCCGAGCGAUCAAAGUGUUCAUGAAGUCAUAACUUACGAGCCAUCUAUGCUGCCAACGAUCCACUAUGAUCCUGACACAACUGAGCCCAUCAGCUGCAGUCUGAAGUCUCUUGAAGAAUUGUUGUCGUGGAAACGCAAUGACGCAAGUCCUUUUAACGUGGCCACUGUGCCUCUGGCUAGCAGGUAUCCUCCACUGCACAGCUGCCCCAGACGGACACUGGUGUCCCAUGACAUGAAGGGUGGCUACUUGGAGGACAGGUUCAUUCAAGGUGCAGAGGUGGAGAUGCCAUAUGCCUUCUAUCACUGGGAGUAUAUUGACAUCUUCAACUACUUCAGUCAUCAGAUGGUAACCAUUCCUCCUGCAGUUUGGACGAACGCAGCACAUAAGCAUGGAGUACUCUCUAUAGGCACGUUCAUCACAGAGUGGACAGACGGAGCGAAGACAUGUGAGGCCUUCCUUGCAGAUGAGGAGAGUUACCGCGCAGCUGCUGAUAAGUUGGUUCAGAUUUCCCACUGCUACGGCUUUGACGGCUGGCUCGUUAACAUAGAAAAUGUGCUGAGUGAGACUGCGGUGAAGAACACUGGCCCUUUUCUGCGCUACUUCACAGACCAGAUGCAUGAGCGCGUUCCUGGCAGUGUGGUGAUCUGGUAUGACAGCGUGCUGAAAAACGGCUCGCUCAGCUGGCAGAACGAACUCAAUGAUGACAACAGAAUGUUUUUUGAUGCCUGUGAUGGAAUAUUCACUAACUACAACUGGACCGAGCAGAGCCUGGAGUGGAUGAAGUCCUAUUCUGCGGCUCAGGGCCGCUUUGCUGACAUCUAUGUUGGUGUUGAUGUGUUUGCGAGAGGGAAGGUGGUCGGAGGGAAAUUUGAGACCAAUAAGGCUCUGGAGCUGAUUCGGAAGUAUGAAUUUUCAACAGCCUUAUUUGCUCCUGGGUGGGUGUAUGAAUGCCACGAAAAGGCAGAUUUCCGCCAAAACCAGGACAAAUUUUGGAAUUUGCUGUCUGAUUUCGUUUAUAUCCACCGGCCCUCAUCCAGUCUUCCAUUCAUCUCCUCGUUCUGUCAGGGCUUUGGGAAGAGCAUGUACUGGAGGGGACAGGUGGAGAUGAAGAGAAACUGGUUUAAUCUGCAUGCACAGGAGAUCCAGCCUCUGUACCUCUCUGAGAACAUGGACAAUGGCGGCUGGCUGAGAACCCGUGGCUGCUCAGAGGACGCUUGGAUUGGAGGCAGCUCUCUGAUGGUGGAGGGCAUGAUUCCAUCUGGACGUUCUGAAGUCUGUGCAAGGAUAUUUUCUCUCCACAUUCCCUUGGCCCCCAAGACAUUUGUUUCUUUUGUCUACAAGCCACCAGUGGGGGUGAAGAUAUCCUUGGAGCUCAAAACGAUAGAUGGUCCUCUGUGCACAUUCGAUGGGACGGAGGAAAUAGCACCUAGCAGUGUCUUUCCAGAAGCAUUAGCAGAGGAUAACCAGCUGGUUGAGCAGUUUGCUCAGAAUUGUGGGCGUUGGACUUUGGAUGGCUGGACUACCAGAUGUUUCCUGUUGAAAAUGGUUGGCUGCUCAUUGCGAGACGUUUGUAUUCGUGUUUCCCGAGAUGAAGGCGAUGAAAAUGUUUCCUUUAACUGCAGGAUUGGAGAGAUUAUGUUGUUGGAUGCAGAGAGUCUUCAAGCACCCCUGCAGGCUGUUGAAGGCAUCUGUGUGAAUGAUGUGGUGUGGCACACAGGUACUUCGCAGGGAGAUGGACACACGCUCAAGGUACUUUUGAAUGCCACCUUACGCUGGCAAUACCCCACCCAGCAGGUCCGCCACUUCCGGAUUCACUGGAGGCAUCUCCGUGGUCCUGACCCUCGCAUUCCCCCUGGUGCACUGACUCUGAUUGGCAGAUCUUACUCUACCCUGUACCGUGUGGUGGAGCUGGAGGUGCCUGCUGCUCCGGGUCUCAUAGAGCUGGUGGUGGAGCCUGUGAGCAGAGAGGGAUUCAGAGUGCCUGAGGCCCAGUGGGGCCGACGCACACUCAGCUACAGCGCCAGUUCCUCAGAGAACCCAUCAGUGUGAAACCUUUUUGAUCUAAUGCCUUAAAGGGAUACUCCACCCCAAAAUGAAAAUUUUGUCAUUGAUCACUUACCCCCAUGUUGUUCCAAAUCCUUAAAAGCUUUGUUCGUCUUCGGAACACAAUUUAAGAUA